AUGCCGGAGUCUUCUAGAGAAAUAGAAACCGAGCAGGAGGCAGUAGUUAGGGAUAAACAGMAUAUAAAGCAGGAAAAGCAAGCGUCUCGUAACGUUGUGACUGUUUUAUCUAAGUUCGCUGACGAUAAUUUGUCCCUCGUGCGGAACAUUAGCACUGGACUGGCUGUUGCUGGUGUGAUUGUGAUCGCAAGGAGCAUCAGAUUGAUCACAAAAUUCCACUCUGUGCAUGAGAUUCCGUCUCGUUUCAUUGAGAGGAACGUCAGCCUUCGUGGGAAAGUUCAUUCCAUCACAGAGGAGGCAAUUCAAGUGGAGCAUGUUCCAAUUUAUCUGCCUGUUUUCUCUCCAUUACUGUCAAAGCACAAAGAUGGGUGCACAUCUUUGUUGCUGGUGCGUCUCGCAGGAGUCGAGCUGACAUCAGAGGGGAAGUUAUGGCUGCAGAAGAACCUGACACCGGCCCAGACCGUGUGGCUGAAACUUAUCAGCCGAGAGGACGACGCACUGAACUGUUUGGUGUCCCAGAGUAAGCAGAGGUCAGUAUGGUCCUUAUCCACCAAUGAAGAGCUCCUCAGACUGGGCCUGGCACGCACUGYGCCCGUCGCAGGAGUCUCGCCUGCCUCCCGUCUCUACUGGCGCCUUCACAGACGACUCCACAGGGCAGAGGUGAAAGCAGAGAAGAAAGGUCGAGGUCUGUGGAAGAAGGAGAGUCUGUGGGAGAGGACGUCCAAGGCUCUUAGAGACAACUCUUUUAUCAGACUGAUGAGGAGGAUCUUCAGACGGACUGAGUGACUCAUUAAUCCAAGUCGGACUGUUUACUGUUGGGAGCUCAGACAGUCCUCAUGUAAGGACGUUGAUUUGAGUCUGUUCAUGUUACAAUGACUCUGACAGAACUGAAGUAAGCUUAGAAGUUACAAAAGUAUAAAAAUAAAAAAAAACAUCACUUUG